UAGCAACUCCUAUUCAAUGGUGCUGGAGCGAGCCUAUCAAAACACGAAGGCCUGUGACGUCAUAUGUGAGCGACGAUCACUUCUUCAGAUUGCACCAUGGCCGAGGCUGAAUCAAAAAAGGUGAUAAAGUUAGUUCCAGAGUAUCUACUGAAAAAGAGGAAGGCAUACCAGGCCAUUAAGGCCACACAAGCCAAGCUUGCACUGCUUGAAAAAAGAAAGAUAUCCAAAGGAAAACCAUUGAAGUUCAAACGUUUGGAAGAUUUCUUGAAAGACAGCCACAAGAAGCAUCGUGAUGAAACGCGCAUCCGGAGAGCAGAGCACAGGCCACCUUCCCCUCUGCCUCCUGCUAAGAAUAAGCUAGCCUUUGCUCUCCGCAUCAGAGAGAUUAAAGGUGUUAGUUCCAAAGUGAUGAAGGUGGUCCAGAUGUUGAGGCUGAGGAAGAUCUUCAGUGGGGCCUUCGUCAAAAUCAACAAGACCUCUAUAGCCAUGAUGAAGAUGGUGGAGCCCUAUGUGGCCUGGGGAUUUCCCAACUUGAAGUCUGUUCGUGAACUCAUUCUGAAGAGAGGACAGACCAGGAUAGGCAGGAGGAGAGUUCCUCUCUCAGACAAUGCCUUCAUUGAGCAGCACAUGGGUAAGCAUGGCAUCAUUUGUUUGGAGGACCUGAUCCAUGAGAUCUACUCAGUUGGGAAGGGCUUCCGGGCCACCAACAACUUCCUGUUGCCUUUCAAGCUGUCAGUGGCUCGACACGCUGCCAGGGAUAAGGCUGGACUCCUGAAGGACCUGGGAAACCCUGGAUUUCGUGGUACAGACAUUAACACGAUCAUCAGACAGCUGAACUGAGGAGAGACACCUGCAAGAUGGUUACCCAGCAGCAACUUAAAAGAUGCUGAACUUCUUGAGGAGCAAAUGCCAUUGACAACAAAAUAUUUAAUUUCUUUGUUUCUUUGGCAGGGGAGCUCAUGGGUUUCACCCUGUACACCAUUCUCUGGUUACAUUCUCUGGAAACUGAGAUAUCACAAAAGUGGAGUAUUUGUCUUAUCCAUGUUUUUGUUUUGCACUCAUCUUUAAAAAAUAUGACAUGGUGCCCCUGACAAUGGAAUGAUGGAAGAAGUUAUGCCCCUUGGUGAAAAUGUAACAAUAUGGUAUGUAAAAGCUGCUUAGUUAGUACACAUAAUAUUGCUCAGGUUGUAAGAGGAAUGGAUCAGUACUUGCUAUAUAUACACAGACAGGUUUUUCUACAUGUAGGAGCCACCAGUCCACCUACAGAAAGUUAAUUUACUGCAUUCAGUAGAUUCCAGUGUGAAAAGGGUUAAAGUCUGAAAAAUCUGUGCAACAGGGAUUCCUUCAUUGAUAUGAUUCACUGUUAAAACACUUCCUUUGUUUUUACAAUAAAAAGCCAUAAUGAUUCAGUA